AUGGAGAACUUCAUUCUGUAUGAGGAGAUUGGAAGAGGAGAUAAGACAGUGGUUUAUAAAGGAAGAAGAAAGGGGACAAUUAAUUUUGUUGCUGUUCUUUGCACUGAUAAAUGCAAAAGAGCUGAAAUAACGAACUGGGUUCGUCUGACUCAUGAAAUCAGACACAAGAAUAUAGUGACGUUUCAUGAGUGGUAUGAAACAAGCAACCAUCUCUGGCUUGUAGUGGAGCUAUGCACAGGUGGUUCUCUAGAAUCUGUUAUUGCUCAAGAUGAACAUCUACCUGAAGAUGUAGUGAGAGAAUUUGGUGUUGAUUUGGUUACUGGUUUAUACCAUAUUCAUCAGCUUGGAAUUAUCUUUUGUGAACUGACACCUGGCAAGAUUCUGCUGGAAGGGCCUGGCACUUUGAAAUUCAGUAAUUUUUGCUUGGCCAAAAUGGAUGGCGAAAACUUGGAAGAAUUUUUUGCUUCAGUUGGAUCUGAAGAAGGUGAAAGAGUUGACAGUGAAAGAACUCCACAAAGAUACCUGAAAAACAGAUUUCGAGGCUCUCCGUUAUACACAGCUCCAGAAGCAAUAAAGGGAGAAGACUUCUCCAAAGCUAGUGAUCUGUGGUCCUUGGGAUGUUUACUUUAUGAAAUGUUCUCAGGAAGACCACCAUUCUUCUCAGACAGCUUUUCUGAAUUAAUUGAAAAGAUUUUAUAUGAAGAUCCAUUGCCACCAGAGGGUUCUGCUUUUCACAAACCUUCUGCUGAGUUCAUUAGUUUACUUGAUGUCUUGCUUCAAAAGGAUCCCCAGAAAAGGCUGAACUGGACAGACAUACUGCAGCAUCCAUUCUGGAAAGGAGCCCUUAGCCAUUGUGGUGGUGAUUUUGCAGACAGCCAGAGCAAGAGCUCAAGUAGUGAAGACACAGAGUCGUCUGUGUCUUGGAGUGCCAAAGAGCCAGUGGAUACUCAUAAAAAUCUAGAUAACCUGUCACCCUCAAGAGCAAGUAAUAAGCUACCAAGCAAUUCUUUCAAAAUAGAAACUCAGACUGAAUUCCGCCCAAAAAGUGCAGUUGAUGGUGAAUCAAAUGAAUCAAUAUUUCUUCUCAGUUCUCGUCCCACUCCUAGAACUAGCACUGCAGUAGAAGUAAGUGAUGCUACUACUGCCCCAAUCCAGAAUUCUCCACAAAGAGAUUUGUGCUUAAAAAAGGCUAAAAGUACGUGCUCAGGUCAGCAGGAUAUGGAGUCAACAUUGAAAGAGCUCAUUUACACUGAAUCUGAUCUUAUCGUAACACCAAUCAUUGACAAUCCAAAGAUAAUGAAGCAAAUGCCAAUUAGAUUUGACUUGAAAACUUUACAUAUACCAACAUAUUCAGCUGAGAAGUUAUCAUCUAUGAAGGACAUGGACUGGAAUGACUUCUUGCAGCAAGUGUGUUCACUGCUUGAUUCCACCGAGAAGAAUAUAGGAGCAGCACGUUCUAAACUGAACUUACUGUAUUAUCUGUGUACUGUGGCUGUCCACAAGGAAGUUGCAAGCAGGCUAAUAAACUCUCAGCUGUUUCCUAUAUUGAUACAGCAGCUGCGUGAAGCUGGCAACUGGGAUGUACGUGCCAAAGUUGCUCGGGUGAUUGGUUUACUGGCAUUACACACAUCUGAACUUGGAGAAAAUGUGCCUGUUUCUGAGGCAAUUAUACUUUUAACUGAACUCAUCAGAGAGAACUUCAGAAAUAGCAAACUGAAACAGUGCCUUUUACCAGCACUUGGGGAGAUUCUUUACCUUAUAGCCAGAGUGGAGGAGAAGAGGGAGCACCCCAGAGAACGCUGGAUUGUUCCCUCUGCUGCUUACACUGUGCUAAUGAGGUGUCUUCGAGAAGGG